CAUACCUGAUGCAUGUGUCAUACACGGUAUGGUAAGAUGAAACCUGUAAAAAAAUUUCAUUUUACGGCGAGGGGUAAGAUAGACGGAUGUGGCUCGAAGAAAAAAAAGCGGAAGAAACCCACCAAGCGAGUGAAUACUUAUCAAUCAGCGGAUCUCGUAUUCCGAGAGAUGAUCUGAUAAAAUAAAUUUUGUUGUCGCGUGUGUUUGUAUUGCGUUCAUAGGGCCAACCUUCUUCCAUUCGUCGUCAAUAUGGGCAAUAAUCCGGUCUUUGCUGUCACUGUGUUCUUCAUCUGCUUCCGAGAAUGCCUGGAAACAAGCGUGGUUGUGUCUGUGCUGUUGGCUUUCUUGAAGCAGACUCUCGGAAAUGACGGGGGCGAUACGUAUAAGCGACUCGUGAGACAGGUCUGGCUAGGAUGCGCACUCGGACUAUUCAUCUGCCUCUGCGUCGGCGCAGGCAUGAUUGGGGCCUUUUACGGCCUAGGCACGGACACGUUCUCUAGCACCGAAGAUAUCUGGGAGGGUGUCCUAGGAAUUUUAGCAUCUCUCAUCAUUGCGGUCAUGGGAGCAGCCCUAUUGCGAGUGUCAAAACUCCAGGAGAAAUGGCGGGUUAAGCUCACCAAGGCUCUUCAGCACCACCGCAACACCAACACCUCGCGUAAGGGCCGUGUGAAGAUGUGGCUCGAGAAAUACGUCAUGUUUAUCUUGCCAUUCAUCACCGUACUUCGUGAAGGACUGGAGGCAGUGGUGUAUGUUGGUGGUGUUGGAUUGGGAUUGCCGGCUACCUCUUUCCCUUUGGCGGUAGUGGUCGGUCUCAUUGCAGGCUGCUUAGUCGGAUAUCUGAUUUAUCGAGGAGGCAGCGAAUCGACCAUGCAAUUUUUCUUAAUUGUCUCGACCUGCUUCCUUUACUUGGUAGCCGCGGGCUUAUUCUCCCGCGGUGUAUGGUACUUCCAAAACCACGCAUGGAACAGUAUCAUUGGCGGGGAUGCCUCCGAAACGGGAUCAGGCCCUGGGUCUUAUGACAUCCGACAGAGCAUCUGGCACGUUAACUGCUGCAACCCCGAGUUGGGAGGUGGCGGCGGAUGGGGCAUUUUCAACGCCUUGCUGGGAUGGACUAACUCAGCCACAUACGGAUCCGUUAUCGGCUAUAACCUAUUCUGGCUCGGCGUGAUGCUCGCCUAUGCUGCGAUGCUGUAUCGGGAGCGGCGUGGUGCAAUCCCCGUUAUUGACCCGAUGAUUGCGCGCUACCAGGCGUUCAAGGCCCGGGUGAUAGCAACCAUUCUUCGUCGGCCAGUGGAAGAAGAGAACGUUGAGCCGGUGGAGCAGUCGGGGAUUUUUGCAGAGAGUGGCAAGGCGAAGGAGACUGGUGCCGGAGGGCCCAUGUCUGUGAGGGAAGCGGAGGUUAGGGCUGCGUAGCGAUAGACCGAUGUGCUAGACUAGAACUGCUAGUAUACACAACGGAGCGGGGGUUUUCUCAUUGAACCGCGUCAUGUGGGUAAUGUAAGUAGAUUAUGUUUGUAAUCGCAUCUGGCGGCUUUCUGGUUCCUUAACGAAACAAGAAAAUUAAUAGGCG